AUCGAAAUCAGUUCGUAGUGGGGCUGGGGACAGGCCACUCCUGGGGAAGCAACUUCUCUCCGGUUAGAGGGACUGUCGGAGGAGUUGUGCGGAGCUGUGGGCGGUGAGGGGAGAGGCGUCUUUGCUUUUCCUUUCCCGACUGGGAAUGGAAAUGACCUGUCUAGUGUCGUGGGAGAAGAGAGGCCGGGGGGGGGGGGGGGGGGGAGUGCAAACGCGCGCGCAAGUUAGCAGAGAGCUCCGGCGCUGCCUCCCAGGCCGGAAGGAAAGGGCCGGGAGUCUAGGAACAAAAGCCGCACCAUAAAGCUCAGCUUGGGACGCUCCUCGGUGCAGUCCUCUGGUCCUGCGCGGGAGAGGGCGAUCGGAGGGGCUUCGAGAACGAAGGACCUCGCUGCUGGCUCUGGGGACAUGGGAAGUCCGCUGGCGCCCUUCUCCUGAGGACGACCCUGGCCUUGACCAGCAGAGCAGGGGACCCAGGCCAAAGGAGGCUUCUUCGGGCCCCGCGCAGUCCUGCGCGCCCUCCCGCGCUCCUCCGGCCGCUGCCCGCCGUCGCCCUCGCGCGCCCCCGCCCCCCCCUGCCUGGAUGGCGGCGCCCGGCCGGGGCCCCCGAGGGCCGCCGCUGACCAUGCCCGGGCGCCGGGGGGCGCUGCGCGAGCCGGCUGGCUGCGGCUCCUGCCUGGGGGCGGCGCUGGCCCUGUUGCUGCUGCUGCUGCCGGCCGGCUGCCCGGUGCGGGCGCAGAACGACACGGAGCCCAUCGUGCUGGAGGGCAAGUGCCUGGUGGUGUGCGACUCGAGCCCGUCGGCGGACGGCGCGGUCACCUCCUCCCUGGGCAUCUCCGUGCGCUCGGGCAGCGCCAAGGUGGCCUUCUCCGCCACGCGGAGCACCAACCACGAGCCGUCCGAGAUGAGCAACCGCACCAUGACCAUCUACUUCGACCAGGUAUUAGUAAAUAUUGGCAACCAUUUCGAUCUUGCCUCCAGCAUAUUUGUAGCACCGAGAAAAGGCAUUUAUAGCUUCAGCUUCCACGUGGUCAAAGUGUACAACAGACAGACCAUCCAGGUCAGUUUGAUGCAGAACGGCUACCCAGUGAUCUCAGCCUUUGCGGGGGACCAGGACGUCACCAGAGAAGCCGCCAGCAAUGGUGUCCUGCUGCUGAUGGAGAAAGAGGACACCGUGCAUCUCAAACUGGAGAGGGGCAACCUCAUGGGAGGCUGGAAGUACUCCACAUUCUCGGGCUUCUUGGUUUUCCCUCUAUGAACACAGAGCCCCCAGACGGUGGGGAAGUUGCGAUCUGGACCCAGGCGUCUGCCCUUCCGAACACCCUGAACUUGCCAGGACAGGACCACUUGGUUCCAACCUCCUUCAGACUGUUGAGGUAGAAGAAUGAUUUCCUUCUAAAUCUCCAGUAUUUUCUUUGCAUAUCGGCCACUCCUCGGGAACCUGGCUUCUAAUUAGUUUUAGACGACGAGGUCUUAAGGAGAAACGAAUUUAUCGAUUUGAGCAAUUUGUACCUGUGAUCGUAAAGUCAAUACUGGAUUUUAUUGUCGGGGCCGUUGACUUCUCUUCCUUUUGUUUGUACGUUGUAUUGUUGCCCCACGCGAGGAGUGCCGUCGAUCUCCAGGAUGGAUUGCAGGUCGCAGGCGGGACUCAGAGCAAGAGCCCCACGAAUCACCACCGGCCGGAUAGUCCUUGAAAUGUGUUCUUUGUGUGUCUGUUCCGCCUUAAGGAAAAGAACGGCUUCGCUUUCAUUCUGUAUUUGCCCCCGGGUGGACGGGAGGCCUCGGGAGGGGGAAGGGGACAUUGUGAAUCUGUCAAGAAGCGCUUUAUCCGGAGAAGCAAAUUUUGCACGAUGGGACUGCGACUUUUGCUUUGUAUUGUUUACGUGUGUGUGUGGGUUUUUUUAGUUGUCGCUGUUCUUUUUUUUUUUCUGGAAAAGCUUUGCUUUCUUUCCACACUCAGCUCUCCCUCCUUACCCUUACUUCUAUUUUUCGUCCUGGGAUGGGGGAGAGAAACGUAUGUCGAUUUCUUGAAUGAGACCAAACAAACAAAACAGAAAUAUACCUGUGUAUUUUGUUGUGGAUGAGACCGCACCAAACAGAAGGUACCCGUAUCUCGGAGUCCAAGUAGCAGACGGACAAUUCUGUUUCUUUCAAAGAGAUUCUCUCAGAUGCACCUUUAGAACUAACCAGCUGGAUUGUUGGUUUUUUUUUCUUUCUCUCUCUCUCUCUCUUUUUUUUUUUUUUUUUUUUUUUUUUUUUUUUUUUUUUUUAACGCUCUGGAAUACUUUAACAACUUGAUGUUCCUGGGUGGCCUGAAUCACAUAAGAGAAGCAUGGGAGCGUAAUGACCGAGUGUUCUAAACACACGCUUCCUUGGCCCAGCGUGCUUCGGUCUUCCCAGCUGCCUGUCUUCAUCUGUCUGUGUCCACCCCUCCGUGAGUGCAUCCGGAUCAGGUGUUUCAAAGCCAGCAGGAUGGGCUACUCCCCUCCAGGAUCCUCCUCUGAUCUGCCAAGGAAAGAGGCAUGUUGACACUCUCUGGGAGCACCUGGCAAGAAGCCACCUGGAAGUCACAGCGGUUACAGGUAUUGGCGGAGGCACCCUGGGAGCAGUUUUGCAAAGCCUUCCUGUUUGGGCACCUUGUACAACAAUAGUGUUAAGACGCGGCUGGGAGAUGAUGGGUGCAGGGUUCAUAGGCCAAGGAAAUGUUGCUAAUCCCAAAGCAAUCCAAGAAAAGACCUCACAGCGAACGUUAAUUUGUCUUUUGUGUAACACUGUAACCAAAAUAUUGAUGAUAAAAAGUCAUAAUUUAAGAUUCAGAAUAAAUGGGUUUGAUGUCUGGCUUGCUCUAACGCCU